GCCGUGAUUUAUCCUAGGACUGACAAUUAACGAAUCAUAUAUUUGGGGAUCCUUGAAUCCGUAAGACUUGGAAGCCAAAUAAUCUCCAAGUACUCAAAAAGCAGUUUACUUCAAUUCUACAUACGUAUAAUACCAGUCUCCGUGGAAAGAAUUUAUAUCACUAUUUUAGAACUACCACCAAGUAUGAGUCUCGGACUCGUAGGAUCUAACACCCAUCAAUUAUCUUUCUUCACUCUUUCUACUCAAACAGUUGAAGAGCAAACUCAUUCAAUCUCCAGGAUUUCUGCAUACAAGAGGAUAAAUAUGUCAGGUCUUUCGUCCUCGCUUCGACCUGGAGGAUACGCUUUUCCAGGGAUGUGUCACUUGCUGGUUAACCAGGAAAAUCCUUGCAGACGUGCUCUAGACAAAAACAUAUUCAAGCCAGAGAAAACCUGUUUCGGAAACCUUGGACGUCCUAUUUCCUGUUUAAGCGGUGGAAAAGAGAGGCAGAUGCUGGACCACAAUCUGAUGCACGUGUGAUUUAUUGUGUAGCACCAGCAAUGGGUCAUGAUAUGGAGGCCCAUCCAGAAUCUAACUUUAGGGUUCCUGCAAUAACGAGUGCUCUUGAAAAACUGGAGCUUACUCCGAAGCACCGUGGUUCAGCCAUCAUUGAACUUCUAAAUUACAAGUCUGCAACAGUUGAUGACAUUGCAACUGUUCAUUCUAAAUCAUAUGUUAGUGGACUUGAGAAGGUUAUGGAUCUGGCUUCUCGAGAUGGUUUGAUUUUCCUCGAGGGAGAUACUUGUGCUACUUCAACAACAUUUCAGGAGUCCCUCAUUGCUGCUGGAGCAGGAAUUUCCUUAGUAGAUUCAGUGGUCGCAGCAUCAAAAUUGAGUAAUAAGCCUCCUAUUGGAUUUGCUCUGGUAAGGCCUCCAGGUCAUCACGCUAUUCCAAAAGGACCUAUGGGUUUUUGUGUAUUUGGAAACUUGGCAGUGGCUGCUCGGCAUGUCCAGCGCGUGCAUGGUCUAAAAAAAGUCUUCAUAAUUGAUUUUGAUGUUCACCAUGGAAAUGGGACAAGUGACGCUUUCUAUGAUGACCCAGAUGUAUUCUUCCUUUCAACUCAUCAAGAUGGCAGUUACCCUGGUACCGGUAAGAUAGGUGAGAUAGGUCAUGGCAGAGGAGAGGGAACAACACUAAACUUGCCUUUGCCAGGAGGUUCUGGUGAUACAGCGAUGAGGCGUGUGUUUGAAGAAAUCAUUGUACCAAGUGCUCAAAGGUUCAAGCCAGAUAUAAUUCUUGUUUCCACUGGGUGA